GGCAGGAGCCCAGGUACCCCCCGGCCCUUCAACCCCACAUAAGACCAAUCGAACAACCCAUGGGACUGUAGGAUCUGUGACUACAGCAGGGAAUAUACACACACUGCCCCAUAAAGAAGAUUGCUGCAUACGGGUCAAGGAGCAAAGUCCUGUCAUAGGAGGAGUGGAGACAGGCAUUUACAGAGACUACACAGAGGCAAAAAGCCAGUGCCCAGAGGAAUCACUAACCAGAGCUAGUGCCAUGGACAUUGUGAUCCGAUUCCUGCAGCUGCUGGUGCUGCUCCUGACCCUGCCCCUACACCUCAUGGCCCUGCUGGGCUUCUGGCAGCACCUAUGUGAAACUUACUUCCCCUACCUGAUGGUCAAGCUGGCUGCCAGUACUAAUCGCAGGAUGGAGAGCAAGAAACGGGAGUUCUUCCACCAGAUAAAGAGACUUAUGGAAACCUCUGGGAAAGUAACCCUGUUGGAGCUGGGCUGUGGCACAGGUGCCAACUUCCAGUUCUACCCACCUGGCUGCAAGGUCACCUGCCUAGAUCCCAACCCCAACUUCAAGAAGUUCCUGGCAAAGAGCAUGGCGGAGAACAGGCACCUCCAGUAUGAGCAGUUCGUCGUGGCUUAUGGAGAGGACAUGAAACAGCUGGCCGAUGACUCCAUGGAUGUAGUGGUCUGCACACUAGUCCUGUGCUCUGUGCAGAACCCAAAGAAAGUCCUGCAAGAAGUCCAGAGAGUUCUGAGGCCGGGAGGGUUGCUGCUGUUCUGGGAGCAUGUGGCUGAGCCUCGUGGAACCUGGGCCCACAAGUGGCAGCAAGUUUUGGAGCCUACCUGGAAACAUAUCGGGAAUGGCUGUCGCCUCACCAGAGAGACAUGGAAGGACCUUGAGAAUGCGCAGUUCACUGAAGUCCAAAUGGAAUGGCAACCUCCUCCCCUCAAAUGGUUACCUGUUGGGCCUCACAUCAUGGGAAAGGCGAUCAAAUAAGCUUUUCCUCAAACCCUCACGACAGCCAUUCAUUCCUCCCCAGCCUCCCGUCACCAGCCAAGACUAUCUUCUACUGAAAGAAAUCUAGAAUACCGUAAGCCCUCUC